GCAAUAUUUUCCCAGCAGCAACUGAGCUUGCUGAGACAGCCUGAGUGAGAUAGGCCUUGCACGGGAACAAUGCCAUACCAUGCAUGCCAUGAGGAGUAUAUCGGGGUAUAUCGACAUUCCCCAAGGAACUAACCCCCUCUCCAUCCCGCGCAAGAAUUAUUGGGUAUAGAUGUAGAAACAUAUAAAAGACAAAACCAUCCCCUGUCUCCUCGCUCUCCCCCCUUUUUUUCCUUCCCCCUAUUCCUCCAUAGUAGACAGUAGUAGUAAAUCACCCCACCACCACCACCACCACCAACAACAACAACAACAACAACAAUAAGAAAAAAGUCAAGAUGGUCCCUCACACUGUCUUCCUCCUUCUCGCAGCCCUCACAGCCCUCACCACAUCCUCCACCAUCCCCCUCCACACACGCGAUCCCCCCAACAUCCCCAGCCCACCUGAAGCCAGCCGCCUCCUCGACUUAAUGGUCGUCUCCCCGCAGGGGCCCCAGACUGGCUACAGCCGCACUAAAUUUCCGCACUGGAUCACCAUCAGUGGCCCCUGCAACACCCGCGAGACGGUGCUAAAGCGCGACGGCAUGAACGUAACAGUCGGCAAGAACUGCUCCCCAAAAUCGGGGUCGUGGUACAGUCCCUAUGACGGCGCGACGUUGACGAGCCCCAGCGAUGUGGACAUCGACCAUUUGGUGGCGCUAAGUGAUGCGUGGAAGAGCGGGGCGUCGGGGUGGACGAGGGAGCGGAGGCGGGACUUUGCGAAUGAUAUGAUGAAUCCGCAGUUGAUUUCUGUUAAGGACAAGGUCAACAAAGAAAAGGGCGACAAAGGACCAGAUAAAUGGAAACCCCCUCUUACGACCUACUACUGCACAUACGCCUGCAUGUGGGUCCAAGUCAAAUCCGCCUACAAUUUGACAAUCACCGAUCCUGAAAAGCAAGCGUUGAUGGAUAUGCUGAGGACUUGCUGAGGGGGACAUAUAUAUAUAUUAAACAGGGGACCGAGGGGGUCGAGUGAUUUAGUUCUCUGUAUAUCGUAAAAUGUUCACGGAGAAGGAGAUGAGAAGAAGGGGGGGUUGCUUGCUUGGUUUAUAUAGCAUAAAGCUUAUUUUUUCUCAAGCUUUAAUUAUUUAUUUUCCCUGACUUCUAUUCCGUUAUUAGCACUAACACACCCAGAGGUAAUACAGAACAGAAGGAAGAAAUGUGAAAAAAGAGAGCAGAAGAGCAAAAGUGGAUUAAGUAUCAACCAUCCAUCGUCCUGGCCACCAAACCCACCACAAGCAGAAAAGAGGAGGGAAGAGAAGAAAAGAAAAGAGAAGAAGAGAAAAGCAGGAAAUCAUCUCUUUCCAAAUACUUACUACUCAUAAUGAUAACAAAUCUAUGAUAUCCAUCCCCCCAUUAUAUCCAGCUAGACCAAGAUAACACCUUAAAACAGAAAAAG